AUGCAGUUGUUUGAUAAAGAAACUCAAGGUCCUCAACCACAUAUAGAGCUUGUGAUCGAUGCAAAUUCAUCCAUGUCAAUCAUCCCUUCACAAACACAUAGCAUUUCGAUCAUGAUCAAGGGUCUAACUUUGCCAAUCUUAACAAGAUUUCAUGCUGGUUACUUCAGAAUAAGCCUCUCUCUCUGCAGCCAGGCCUUACUAUGGAAGACCCUCGGCGAGCCAUCGGAUGAUGCUCAUGCAUUCCGGCGAAUCCUGCGAAUGCUACCCUCUACUGCUUUUGUUCUUCUCUGGUCACUAGCCUUAUUCACAUUGGUCUCUCUCUCUCUUCUCUAUAUUCUAAGGUGUUUGUUACACUUUGACAUGGUGAAAAAUGAGUUCUUCCACCAUGUGGGUGUAAACUACUUAUUUGCUCCAUGGAUUUCAUGGCUUCUCUUGCUUCAAUCUGCACCAUUUUUCACUCCAAAAACCAUGUAUUAUUUGGUUCUUUGGUGGCUAUUCGUUGCCCCCAUAAUCGUUCUUGAUGUUAAAAUCUAUGGCCAAUGGUUCAUCAAAGGGAAGAGGUUUUUAUCAACAGUGGCUAACCCAACAAGUCAACUGUCAGUAAUUGGUAACCUUGUUGGGGCAUGGGCAGCAGCUAGAAUGGGUUGGAGAGAGAGUGCAAUUUGUUUGUUCUCAUUGGGAAUGGCGCAUUAUUUAGUACUGUUUGUCACUCUUUAUCAGAGAUUAUCGGAAAAUGAAGGCCUUCCGGCAAUGCUCCGGCCAGUUUUCUUUUUGUUCUUUGCUGCUCCGAGCAUGGCAAGUUUAGCAUGGGACUCCAUCACUGGAAGUUUUGAUAAUUCAUCGAAGAUGCUCUUCUUUCUCUCACUGUUCCUCUUCCUCUCCCUGAGCCCAAUGGUUCAACUUAAGCUAGCUGUAGUUUUCAACAAAAAAUCUCUGGAUAGCGACCAUCUUGACUACAAGUAUUCAAGUUGGACUUGUGCUUUUGGUCUGGUCCAAGUCACUUCCAUGGUGUUUAGGCCUGCUUUAUUCAAGAAAUCCAUGAGAAAGUUCAACGUAGUAUGGUGGGCUUAUUCAUUCCCCUUAACAGUUCUUGCACUGGCGUCAACAGAGUAUGCUCAGGAGGUGAAGAGCGGCGUUGCUCACGGGCUGAUGCUCGUCCUCUCGACGCUUUCCGUGGUGGUGUCACUGUUUCUAAUGGUGUUCACUGCCCUAAAUACUAAUUGCCUCUUACCAAGUGAUGAUCCCAUGCUAAGUCCUGGUGGUAGUUCUCCAGUACCAUGACUGCAGGGUUAAUACUCAUUAAUCUCCUCUUAAUUAAGUAUAGCGAGUUGAGCUGUAGCACAAUUGGUUAAGUGCUAACACGAUAUUUAAAGGAUGAGAGGGAAAAAAAUAUUUCAUUCUCGACCCCACUAGAAAUUUUGGGCGGUCUUCAAAAUCAAAU